CUCCAUCCCACUUCAUACUCUUUAAGGCUUUUCUCUCAGUAUGCAGCUCAACUCUUUGCCUCUUCCUUCUUUCCCUUCCCAUGAAGCAAGUGGUAUGAAAUCAUAUGAAAUAGCAAAAUUUUUUUUCAGUAUCCACCGUUGUUCAUCCAGAGCUGUCUCUGGGACUCCACAUCUUCUUCCACUCUCAGAGCACCAGAGGAAAGAACCUGGGGAAUUGCACCAAAGAAGGGUGAGAGACACUUCAGACAAAGUCCUUUCCCCAGACUUCAUAAAGAUCUGCAGCAACAGCUAUUUAUCUUCCUUAAAGAACUGGAGUAAAGCAGGAACAAAACUGCUUGACUAUUGUUUAAAAGAUUUUCAGUCAUGUUCCAAAGGAUAGAUAGAGACUCAGAAGAGAAUUGGCACCCAUCGCUAACCUUGAGAAUCUAAAACUGGCUUCCAAACUACAGGAUGUGUCACUGACCGUUGCCAGCCUGAUGAAUUCAUUUCAGUCCUGUAUUUGAAGAAGUAUUUAAGGACUACAUGACAUUCUCAGUUAAUAACAGGAGUCACAGAUGGGAAAAAGCUGUGAGCAACUAACUGAUCAUUGCAGACAUGUAAUAGUUGUAGUUAAAUGACUACUGAUCUCUCAUAGCUCAUCUUCACAUGUCUACAGCUCUGAAGACAAGUGGGGUUUGGUCCUCUAUUUCUGGGUUGACUACAAUAGCUCAUUUUUUCAUGGGAAAAGAAGCUGGCAAUUGCAGAUUACUCAUUUUAUGCUUUAUCUUGCACUUUCAUCUUAGAACCACUCUCUCCUGAGGAGACAACACUGGCAACCAGAUGCCUGUGGGCAGGAGGCCCAUCUUUUGAAGGAUCAGAGCUUGGAAGAAGUCUAACCUGGAUGAAUGCAGAACUACGAGAUUUUGUUUUGCUGGCACACAUAAAGCCUGUACUGAUUUCACUGUCAGUGCUAUUUUUUUGUAUUUAUGUGGGACUGUUCAACUUUUCUUCCACAAUUCACAGGUGUACAAAACCAGUCAUGACAACAAUUCAUUAUUUCAAAAGCAGAAAUAAAAAUGUAUAAAUCCCUAUAUGAAACCAAAUCUGGUACCCAUACGAAUGAAAAGUGCUUCCCAACAUGUUUUAUAUCCUGAGAACAGCAAGUAAUACCUUCCCCUUUCAGCCCUGGCUGCAGGUACCUGUGAAGGUACCUCUGUCAUAGGCAGACACAUUCAUGCUGUACUUGUUCUUUUCAGGAACAGGUGGUCUUAGGAGGAAAUAAGAAUUUUGAAGUAGCAUCAAAUAAACUGAGUUAAAAUUGGAAGGAAGGGGAAACAAGGAAGAAAAUGAGAAAAAUUGGGGUAAACGUCACAGAAUAAAAUUGAUGACAAGCAGGCAGGCAACAGGACCCAGCUGAAGCCCAGCUCUGGAUUCCUAACUCAUCAGAUGCUGCUGGAAACCACCAGAGGAACACAGGGGAAAGAGGAUGAGAUCACUGUCCUGUACGCAUUCAUCCGAUUGCAGGAGCACUCAGGCAAAAACAGAGAUGCAAGUAGUUGACUUCUGAGGAAUGGCGCUGAGCGACCUCCUUUAUCCAGAUAACCCCAAGAGACGACAAGAAUUGAUCCAUCUGCACCAGGAAUUGCUUGACUGCAUGUCCAUGAAUUUCCACGCAACAAAUGAGCUGGCUGGAGUUCUGAAUACACACCUGGGAUGUACUAUUAGCCACAUCAAGAUGAGAGAGAGCAGCACUGUCAAGGAAAACUGUGACAUUAUCAUUCAAGCGAUGAGUGAGAUUCAGCGUCAGGUACAGAAGAUUGAUAGUGACAUGAAGGAGAAGCUAGAGCCUGUGCUAUACCAGAAGCUGUAUGACAUCAAAGAGCCUGAACUGGAGAAAAUUGCAAUAGCCCAUAGAGUUUUUUCCAUCAUUCUCGGAGAAGCAACUUCUACAGCUGGGAUGGUAGCUAUCAAGCUAAUUGGCUCCAACCUUAUAACUCUCACUGUUAGCAAACUCGUCAGCCUCCUUGCCCAGAUCGGGGCAUCCGUUCUUGGGGGAAUCAGCAUCACCAUUCUUGGGCUCGGCAUUGAAAUGAUCCUCCAUGCCAUCCUGGGAGCUGUGGAGAGGAAUCAGCUUCUGGCUGCCGUGAGAAGCUAUGAGGAGCAUCUGGCUGAGUUUAAAGAAGCCUCAGAAAAAUACCAGCGUGCCAUACAUGAAGUGACUUCUUCAGUCAGACAGCAGGUUCAGUGAAAGAAGUCAGUGUUCUCUUUCCUGCUGUGACAAUGACUGCAGCAGCUACUUCUGCAGAUUUGUUGUUGUUGUUGUUUGUUUGUUUCAUUACAGUAGGUCAUCUUUGGAUUUUUUUAUUUUAUUUUUUUUUUCUUAUUAGUGGCAGCAGAGCAAAAGAUGUGUCAGAUCAGAGAACUGGCACAGAAAUAUGUUAAUAGUGAACUAGCUUAAAGGUGCUCCUGGGAGGCAACAGUUUAAAUACUUGGCACCUUUUCAGCUGUUUUCCAGAAUGCAUUGUAGAUAACCUUGAAACGUUAUUAGUAGCGGUGACAAUAAUAUUCACCGCUGGAACAGUAGCGGUGAGAAGGUGUGAUUUUUCUCUUACUGAGUUGCUUUGUCAAAACGACAUCAUGAUGGGAGACAAUUAUUUCAACAAAGCAUUCCAUAUCCUCAUCUAGAUGGUUCAUCAGAACAGGUGCAGUUGCUAAACUCUCUUAAUGUGGAUUUGUUCUAAAUCUGAUAGGCUCAAUUCCCUGUUCACAGAAGCGAUGACAAGGACUAGCUGAAGCACAUUUCCUGUCCCAUUCCUGCCUCAGGAGCCAGCCAGAGAUCUUUAAAUAAAAUCUAAUGCCAGCAGAUUAACAGACAAGAAAAUCAUGGGCCUACAGCCAAACACACACAACCUGGCCCCACAGUUGAGGGAAAGCAGCUGUAGAGCAGCAGGCGUGUCUGACUGUGAGUAACCUCUCAUGCUCGGUAUUGCCCUGCUCCUGCUCACCCACAGGUGAACGUUUCUGUGCACAGCUGCUGCUCUGUUUAUUGACAUGGCACCAUGCACUUAAACAAGGGUUUGUAGGAUUACAGCCCUAUUAAUGUGCUGAAUUUGUUUUCAAGUCCUUUACAAGCCACCAAUGCGGGACUGCCAAGAACAUGCACAGAUUCUUCUUUUUGCAGUGUGCCAUCAAAUGUCCUUAUUUUGCAGAUUUUAAAAAGAAAGCUAGAAGAACAUGAUUUGCUGUCAAGCUCUGAUUUGCGUAGAAUGCCUGUUUUUGUUUUGAUCUUUGAAGAAAAAAAUAAUAAAAAUAUCUAUUUUAAGA